AUGUGUGGAAGAACGGCCUGCACCCUCGCUCCUGACGAAGUGUGCAAAGCCUGCAGCUCUCGGACUCUCGACAGCAAAGGGAACCAUAAUUAUUCACCGAGACAAAAUGUGGCACCCACGUCCUUCACUCCAGUUAUGUUGAGUGAACGCCAUGUACGUGGAGUGAAGAGACAAAGUGAGGGAGAGGAGGUGCCAUCCAAGUAUGUCAUACAGCCAAUGAUGUGGGGCCUCAUCCCCCCAUUUUACAAGGGACCUUCAGCCACGGGUCACGGGUUCAAGACUAACAAUUGCCGUGUGGAAGACAUAGAGGAAAAGAAGUCAUACAAACCUUCACUUCUCAAGGGACAGAGGUGUGUUAUCCUGUGUGAUGGUUUCUAUGAGUGGCAGAGCACAAAGGGAGAAAAAGACAAGCAACCUUACUUCAUUUAUGCCCCACAACCAGAAGGGGUGGAGAUCUGGAAUCGUGAUACAUGGGACAAGCCUGAUGUUUGGAGUGAAGAGGAGGGCUGGAAGGGACCUUGUUUACUGAAAAUGGCUGGACUCUUUUCCAGUUGGACAUCAUCUGAGGGGGAGGAAGUGAUGAGCUACACAGUAGUGACCAUGGAGUCUGGGAAAAAAUUUGGUGAACUUCAUCACCGUGUUCCUGCCAUUUUGGAAACUGAUCAGGAUGUUGAGGACUGGUUAGACCACAACCGUUUGGGAUACAAAGAAGCCCUUGCAAACUUGAAGAAUGACACAGAAAUAACUUGGCACCCAGUCUCCAAAAGUGUCAAUAACUCUCGCAACCAAGAAGGGGAUUUGAUGUCUCCAGCCAGCCUCGAUCAAAAACCUAAAGAGACUGCCAGCAGCAAACUGAUGGCUUCAUGGCUAAGCAAAGCUCCUCCCAAACAGAGUGGAAUAAAGAAGGAACCCACAACCCCAAACAGUAUUAAGAAAGAAAGCCAAGCAGCCAAUGUCAAAAAGGAGGUGAAGCCUUCGCCUCUUGCCAAGUGGCUUAAAAAGGAACACAAAAACGAAAAGGAAUGAAGUGGACUUUUUUAAUGUUGAAAUGAUGCUAUAUAAGACACUUGUUCUUGUUGUAUGAAGUGAAAAAUUUUAUUAUGCUUAGGUGAAUGUACAAGAGGCUGGAGAGGGAAGUGAAGCUGAAAGGACAGAUUGUGCUAGUACCUGUCUGAACUAAAGAAAAUUUUGAUUUGACACAAUUUUCUCAUGUAAGAAGUUACAAAAUCUUGGAAUUACCAUGUAACCAUAAGUAACAUAGUGGCACAAAACUCACUGUUCUAAGUAUCAUGUAAGAAAAUCUAACAUACCAAUUAGGUAUGUAAAUAAAAAAUAAGUUAAUCCGAUACUUCUUAAAAUUAUUAGAUUAAGGUAUAUAUUUUAAUAAAGAUUUUUUUUU